AUGCGUAAUUGCAUUAAAUGUGAUACUUUGCCAAUUGCUGCAGAGACUACUGCUAAUUUUAUUGAAAAUAUGGAUAAGUUAUUUGAUAUACUUAAUUCAAAACCAAAAGCUGUAGGUAAAGAGUUUAACCUUCCAUUCAAAAAUAGUACAAAACAAAAAAAUAAUUUGGUCAUGAUGUUGAAUGUUUUUAAAAACAUUCGUGUCAUAGAAACUAAAACAGUAAAUGGAAUAACUACAAGCGUUGAUGUUACUAAACGAAUGAAAUUUAUACAUGGAUGGCAAAUCAUAAUUAAUUCUCUAUUAAAAUUAUUUGAUGAUAUUAAAAUACCAGCUCAAUAUUUCUUAUGGACAUAUUAUUAUCUUAAUCAAGAUUGUCUUGAAAAUUUAUUCGGAACUUUCCAGAAUCAAAAUGGCAAUAACAUUAAUCCUACGCCUAUUCAAUUUUACUACGCAUUCAAAAAAAAAUUUUUCCUGAAUUAUAUGAAACAUUCUGAUGGAUCAAAUUGUCUUGAAGACUUGGACUUAAUUUUAACGAACAUUGGAGAGAUUUCUUCACCAUUGCAAAACUCAAAUAUACUAUUUACAGAUAAGACACCAUUUAAUUUUAAUAAUUUAAAUGUAGGAACUUUAGAUUAUAGAGUAUUAAAUUUGACUUCCAAAAAUGCAUUGACUUAUGUCAGUAUUUACUUAAUUAAAAAAUGUCUUGAAAAACACAGUUGUGACACAUGUUUAGAUUUUGCUAAAAAUCAGAAAAGCAUAGACGAACCUUUUAUAUUUAUACACUUCAAAGCAUAUCAAAAUGAAGUUGCCUCAAAUUAUGGAAACUUAAAUGUACCGCCAGAUAGUUUUUUCAAUUAUAUCAACGAGCUGGAUGAUGUUUUUAUAACUAAUUUCCCUACGAUUGGCAAAGAAAAUAAUGUAGGAAAGAAAAUGAAGAAUUUGAUUGAUAACGUACCAUUUACACAUCCAUGCACAUCAUUUAGUUUUGAUUUCCUUAAAAAUGUCUAUAUUCGACUAAGAAUUUACCAUAUCAUUAAAAAAAUCAAUAGAGAUCUACUUACAACACCAAGAAAAAAUCGUAAAUUUAAUAUUUUUUCCCAUUUAUAA